CUCUCGGUGUUCCCGCGGAGGGGCUGCACGCGCGAUUGCGCUAUUGAUACCCACUUUACAGUGUGUUUGAGGAAAAGUCAGCCUCUCUCUCUCUCUCUUUUCCUCUCUCUCUCUCGCUCUCUCUCUGGCUGCGCUUUGGUAACCUAACAGGGAGGUGUUAACUACUUUUUCUUCCACAAAGCGCCUCCCGUUAUCUCCGGUGCUGCUGCGCAAAGAGCCAGAAGGGCCACUGCUACUGAUAUUCCCACUCCGCAGAAAAAAAAAAAAAAGUUUUCGGUUUGUUGUGGAGGAUAAAAAAAAAGAGAAAGAAGAAGAAGAAGCCGGAAACCGAGGAGUCGUCUGCAGAAGAAGCGGAUUGUGCCACGGCGAGUUUGGCGACCACAUGAAGAUGAGGAUCCAGCUUUGACGACCUACGGAUGUCCACCCCCCCUCCCGGACCAUUCGGCUUUGGAAAAAAAAACAACAAACUCUCCAAAAAGGAGUCUUUUUCUGCUUAUUACCCAGGAGGAAAACUUGACCAUUUAUCGUAUUUAUCAUCAGGACUGAAGUCAUCCAAACUGUGAAGUCUCUGAAAGACUGAAUAUACCCAACGGCACUUACCUGGCAUGGAAUGAUCUGGACUGGACUGAGCUAAAGUGAAUUUGGCUGGAGACAAAUUACUCAUUUUAGUUCCACUGAAGAGAAAUGAACUGAAUUUGAGCGUUGCCUGAUCUCUUCAAGAGUACUGUCCUUUUGUACGAACGGCUCCUUUCAGAGCCCCUCCAAGUCUCCAACCCAUAGUUCCUGACUUCCUCAGACCCUUUCCAAGGGUCUUGGACAUUGUGGAAAAACUUUAUUGAGGAGGAAACAUCUCCUCCUCCCCUAAAGUCCUUACAACUUUUUUUCUCCCGUCCAGACAUGGAUCUUCACAGGGCAGCCUUCAAGAUGGAGAGCUCCUCCUACUUGCCCAAUCCCUUGGCCUCCCCGGCCCUCAUGGUCCUGGCCUCCACUGCUGAAGCCUCUCGCGACGCUUCGAUUCCCUGCCAGCAGCCGCGUCCCUUUGGCGUCCCUGUUUCUGUUGAGAAAGACGUCCAUUUGCCGUUCAAUAAUGGUUCGUACACUUUUGCAUCAAUGUACCAUCGCCAAGGCGGAGUCCCGCCAGGAUUCCCCAACAGAGAUUUUCCUCCAUCCCUCCUCCACCUCCAUCAUCAGUUCGCCCCACCAAACCUGGACUGCUCGCCAAUCAGCAUGCUGAAUCACAGCGGCGUCGGCGCCUUCAGGCCCUUCGCCUCGCCUCCGGAAGAUCGGGACGGAGUUCCAGGCGGGUAUCAGUCUGCUUUCACCCCAGCCAAGCGCCUCAAAGGCUGCCUGGAUGCAGAUGCUUCACCCCACCUGCGGUACUCUGAUGCAGAGGGGAAAGAGUACGACUUUGGCGGCGCCCAGAUCCCCCCUGGAGGUUCGCCGAGCAGCGCCUUGAAAGCAGUGGAGGACAGUGGGAAAAAGAUCUUCGCCGUGUCGGGCCUCCUGUCUGAUCGAGAAACUUCCUCCAGCCCUGAGGACCGCAUCGAGCGCUGUAAAAAGAAGAUGUCCCUGUAUGACAGCCAGGCUCCAAUCUGUCCCAUCUGCCAGGUUCUGCUGAGGCCCGGAGAGCUCCAGGAACACAUGGAGACGGAGAUAGAGCGGCUAGCUGCCAUAUGCUUCAGUGAAGGAAGAAUCCGGCAUGCAACUUUUUAUUCAAGAAGUCAUGGUAGUAAUUGUAAGAACACUUCACCCAAGGACGGAGCCGCCACUCCAGGAACCCCGAAGUCGAUGCUGUUGUCGGUGCACAUCAAGCGUGAGGGAGAGUCUCCCGUGGUCUCGCCCUUGUCCUCUGAAGACGCCCACCACUCCGACAGAUACCAGACAUUUUUACGAGUUCGAGCAAACAGGCAAACAAGAUUGAAUGUUGCAUCUGUAUAUCGUAAUCCAGCCCGUAUAGGCAAGAUGAAGAGGAGGAAGCCUGAGGAGGGGGGCCAGGUAUGUCCGCUGUGCAGCGCCCCAUUGGCUGGGAGCGAGGAGGAGAUGAGUAGACAUGUGGAACAAUGCCUGAUCCAGCGCGAGGGCGCGUUAGGCGACGAUGACUCUGCAGACAUGGACGGAGAGAACGGGCGGGGCUUCGAGGAGUACGAGUGGGCGGGGCAGAAGAGGAUCAGAGCUACGGCUCUGCUGGAGGGAGGCUUUAGAGGAACAGGUUUCGCCACGUGUAGCAUCAAGGAGAGCGCGGCGGACAGCGACGCCGACCUGGACGUGGACGGAGACGACACCUUGGAGUACGGCAAGGCCCAGUACACCGAGGCCGACAUCAUCCCCUGCUCCGGGGCCGGGGAGGACCAGGGGGAGGCCCGGGAGAGGGAGGCGCUACGGGGAGCUGUGCUCAACGGUGGGAUGCCUUCUAACAGAAUAACGCCCGAAUUCUCCAAAUGGGCCAGCGACGAGAUGCCUUCAACGAGCAACGGAGAAUGCAGCAAGACAGACCCCAGCACUCCUUCAUCCUCCUCCUCUUCCUCCUGCGCCCCGCGCACCUGUAAAAACAGCGAGAUCGAAAAGGUAACGGAGGAGGAGUCCACGGCCACCACCAUGGAGGCUCUGAAGGCUCGAAUCAGAGAGCUGGAGAGGCAGAUCCUGAGAGGAGACCGCUACAAGUGUCUCAUCUGCAUGGACUCCUACACGAUGCCGCUCACCUCCAUCCAGUGCUGGCACGUCCAUUGUGAAGAAUGUUGGCUCAGGACUCUGGGGAACAAGAAGCUGUGCCCGCAGUGCAACACCAUCACCUCACCCGGAGACCUGAGGCGUGUCUACUUGUAAAGAGCACACCCCCCCCCCCUCCUCCUCCUCCUCCUCCCCGUCUUCCGCCUCUUCGUCGUUCCAAUCCAUUCCUCCUCUCAUCUUGGAUUUCGUCGCUCCUCCUCCCCCGCCGACCGCCAUUUGUUUUCCCGCCUCUCUCUCUCGUGGCCCGGGUCGCUCCUCCAAGAGCGAACAGAGACAAGACGGCUGUCUUUGAGACUCCACUGGCUCUUUACAGGAGGUUAAAAGUGAAAGACUGAGCAGAACUCACUGACUCUCUGGGCUGAAGAAGAAAAAAAGGAAAAAGAAAAGACAGAGACCUGAAAUCCCACUGGUCAACAGGCUUGUUUCCUCAUGAAUUAAAGGACCCCAACACCCAGAUAAACCCUGCUGAGACCUGGUAGCUUCAUGCUGCAGAAGCUGGACCUGAAAGGAACUUCUUAAUACAGAAUAUAAAGACUUCUUUUUCCCCCUCUAGCUCUUCUUUGACAUUUCGAUGGUGCUGGACAACAGGUUCUACCUGGAACCUUCCACAGAAAGCUUCAUUUUGUUUUUUUUUCAUUCCCUAUCCCAGAGAGAAAACUCUGACCUUCACGCCCAUGUUGAGAAUUUUAAAAAAAAUAAAGGGGGCUUGUCCACUAAAACUGAGCUUUCAAACCAAACUGAGAAUAACCUCAAAACCUUGAAAAGGAGUUUGACACUCCUCCUCUUCCUCCUCCUCUUCCUCUUCUUCUUCUGGCGAGCCCUUCCCUUCUUCUUCCCCCCUUUUGUGGUGUUCUAGUGAAGUAAACCAAAAUUUUCUUCUUCCCCCCCCUCCAAGAUGCAGUGCAAGCACAUGUAAUAUAGUUCUAUGUAUGUUUACAAUGUUGGGUGUAAAUGACAUAGAGUUCACACACACACAUAUGUACACACACAUGCAAAACACGUCAGCAGACACACAGAAGUAUAUAAUAUCAAAGUCCUGUUGUAAGUUGGAAAGGGUUCUGGGAAUGGUGUUUUUGGGGGGAAAAAAUGGCUGGAAUAAAAAAAAAAAAAAGAAGCCUUCUGUAUUUUUAAAAAAAGAUCAUUUGAAGAUCCGUUAUUUCACUGUACAGGAAUAAAAAAUUUAAGUAAUAAUAAACUACUCAAGACUAGAUGGUCAAGAUUUAGGUGGUGUAAUUUUUUCUGCAGAGUACCCUGAAAAACUGUAGAAGCAAGAAAGAUCUUUUGUUAGUUUUAUCCAGUGGAGAGAUUCCCGUUGCCCAAGAUUUACUGCAAACAAGCAGAAUAAUGGAACUGCUCUUUAGUUGCAACAAUUAUCCAACUGAGCCUCUUCUUUUAACCUCCAUGUCUGCUUCCUCUCAGUUGGAGUAACAUCACGCUCAGAUCAUAGUCGAUAGAAAACAUUUUGUUUUACCCCUACAUGUCUCAAAAAGAAAGCUUUUUUCCAUUGUUCUCAUACUGCUAUGCUGCAAAAAGCUCCCAAAAUGGCAGCCAGCCCCCCCGGAAGGGCAGUUUCUUUCUAGCUAUAACGGAUGAGGGAAGUCUCCGGAAAAAGAAGGAUGAGCCAAGGCUGAACUGGCAACUUUCACAAACCCCCGCGGCAUUUUCCCCUCUUAUCCCCCUUCACGGCAGCAGCAGCAGCAGCAGCAGCAACCAAGGUGGUGGUGUGCUUUGUGUUUGUAAAACUAUGUAUUCUGUGACGUCUGUAUUGUUGUAAGAAAUGCUGAAAAAAAAAGAAAAAAUAAAACUUCUCAAAUACCACGAGUGGUCUUGUUCACGCAACCUGGGUGGUGAAAUAAUAGAAGAAUAG